AUGGAGCACAGGGCUGCUUCAGUCCUUCAUCAGUGUCAUAUCGGAGGGGGAUGGAGCACAGGGCUGCUUCAGUCCUUCAUCAGUGUCAUAUCUGAGGGGGAUGGAGCACAGGGCUGCUUCAGUCCUUCAUCAGUGUCAUAUCGGAGGGGGAUGGAGCACAGGGCUGCUUCAGUCCUUCAUCAGAGUCAUAUCAGAGGGGGAUGGAGCACAGGGCUGCUUCAGUCCUUCAUCAGUGUCAUAUCGGAGGGGGAUGGAGCACAGGGCUGCUUCAGUCCUUCAUCAGUGUCAUAUCGGAGGGGGAUGGAGCACAGGGAAAUGACACAGGUACACAGAGGAUCUAAAUAGUGUCCAAUCCCAUGAUUGAUUGCUGCGACGCAUGAGACGUUCUUUGUGAUGAAAAGAUCGGUCAAUAAAACAACCCCCAGAUGACGGUUAAGGAAAUUGCACAACCACAACCCCACAGGUCAUGGAUUUCCCUGACAGCAAAUAAGGAUUCCUUCACUGUCCAAUGGAUCUCGUACUAGGGUCAUUCUAUGUCAAAUGAACACAAGAAUGAGUAUUUUGACUGGCUUGUUGAUUUGACAGAAUGAUACAUUAAAGAGGUUAUACAGAACCUUUUUGCCUCCGCAAAUAGUGUAUCUUUAACUGAUGUAUUAAAGCUGUGUUCACUUUGAUUCCGCUACAGUCUACUGGGAUACUGUAGACGCAGCAUGUGACUCAGUGUGCCACCUCAACAUGUAGAGGAUUUCCACAGGAGCAGCCAGGGCCGUGUUCAGUGAGGUACAGUUCAUAGAAACACAAUAUAUAUACCUUCACAUACAUAUUACAAUACAAACACACAUGCACACAUUCAUAUCCAAUGACAUGAGCAGUAUAUGCCAUAGAAUCUGAUUUCUAAUAGUUUCAUUUUAUAUAAUUAAUCUAAUUCUAUGACAGUCACUCAAUUUCAUUGAAAUUUGAAUUUUGGUUGACAGAAAUGCAAUUACAUUUACACACACGUUUGUUAUACUAUCCUAGUGGGGACCAAACAAUUGAUUCCCAUUGAAUAUCCUAUUUUCCCUAACCCUUAACCUUAUCCCCAACCCCUAAUUCUAACCCUAACCCUAAAAUAGCCCUUUUCCUUGUGGGGACCGGUAAAAUGUCUCUGAGGACUAUUGGUCCUCACAAGGAUACUAAAACCAAACACACACACACACACACACACUGGUAACAUUUUACUUGAAGGGGGUAUAGACAAGCAUUCAUAACACACCAUCAUUCACACAUUUAUUCAACACCAAUGGAAAGAGGUUUAUAAAAUAAAAGUCCCCAUAAAACAUGUCUUUGUUUAGCCAUUGUACAACUGCGACGUUUUGCUGUCACAGUACCCCAUCCCCUGAAACACCACACACACACACACCAGACAAUAUGUUAUUUCAUUAUUGAAAGUGAUGUUAUGCUUUGCUAUUAUUUCAGGCCUAUUCGUUCUUACAGGCCUAAUCUCUUUAUUAGCAUGAGUUCUUUUCACCUGCUUAUUAGAGGAUAAGUAUCCAGUUUGUUUUGAAAUGGCAUGUCGUGCGCACAGCGGGGGGCGGAUAUCUUGGCUAUGUGUUUAAAAUUCUAAUCGACAGAUUGAGAAACGGGACGAUUCAGACCGUAGCUGGAUGGGCGGCCUCUCUACACCUCCCACAGAGCUCCGACGGAAAGGUGCAGGAUGCAUCUCGACGAGGCGAUGCCAGUGACAGCACAACCACAUCCGGAAAUAAAUUGGAAGGAAUCAUGACGCUCAGCCAAUCUUGCCUGUGCAAUCUCAAAUAUGAUUAAUCUACCUCUCUUUCCCUCUCGCUUCUGUUCUUUUUUUGCUCCUGACAGACACUGUGAUCAAAAAGGCAGGAUGAACAGGAUGGGCUUCAAAAGAUCAGGGGACGCUCUCUCCAUGUUAAUGCUGUCAUUUGUAGCAGUAGGACAGGCAAAUACACACGUUCCAUUUGGAGCUUGCUCGGUGCCCUAUUGAGAAAGAGAGGAGGCGGGUGUGGGUCACCCACCGGCAGAUACGGUGUGUCAAGUUUUCCUAUCACCUUAACAAUAUCCCAAUCUGAUUGAAAUGUUAAACGCAUGCUCUUCUGUAAAUUGCCCGUGCUUAACAUGCAAUCUCUGUUCUAGGUGUCUGCACAGUGGGAAGCUGUUCAUUUUACAUUGAUGUCUUCUUCUCUGGUAUAAUGUUUACAUGGAUGUCUUCUUCUCUGGUAUAAUGUUUACAUGGAUGUCUUCUUCUCUGGUAUAAUGUUUACAUGGAUGUCUUCUUCUCUGGUAUAUAAUGUUUACAUGGAUGUCUUCUUCUCUGGUAUAAUGUUUACAUGGAUGUCUUCUUCUCUGGUAUAAUGUUUACAUGGAUGUCUUCUUCUCUGGUAUAAUGUUUACAUUGAUGUCUUCUUCUCUGGUAUAAUGUUUACAUGGAUGUCUUCUUCUUCUCUGGUAUAAUGUUUACAUGGGAUGUCUUCUUCUUCUCUGGUAUAAUGUUUACAUGGAUGUCUUCUUCUUCUCUGGUAUAAUGUUUACACGGAUGUCUUCUUCUCUGGUAUAAUGUUUACAUGGAUGUCUUCUUCUUCUCUGGUAUAAUGUUUACAUGGAUGUUUUCUUCUCUGGUAUAAUGUUUACACGGAUGUCUUCUUCUCUGGUAUAAUGUUUACAUGGAUGUCUUCUUCUCUGGUAUAAUGUUUACAUGGAUGUCUUCUUCUUCUCUGGUAUAAUGUUUACAUGGAUGUCAAGCGGGAAAAGACUGUUGCAGGAAAGAGCAAUGCAAAUCAGAAGAGGUGGAGUAUACAUUUUAGAGCGCUUUAGAGAUCAUUCCACACAUAAGGUGCAAAAAAACAAAAACAUGAUAACAUCUUUUAAACAUGAACAUUUCCACAGCAUAGAAUGCAUUUUAAAUUCUCUUAACUUUUUAAACAUCCAUUUUAGAUGAUUUAUUCAAUAUAGAAAUUCCGAACAUAAUGGUUAUACUAAGCAAAAUAAUUUCUAAACCAAAAAGAUAACACCCCUCUCCAGGUACAGAGUAGUGGCUGUGCAGUGAAAAGGCGCUCAAUCCCUCUCAGGAAUCCACCCCAAACCCUUCAGCUCGCUGGCUACUCACUACUCGGUCCUGUGGAGAGACCUCUCGCGGCAUGAUUUAUUAAUUAUUUCACUGUUAGCACUGUAGACGUUCUAAUAAAAGCGAUCAGCAUUAAAUCAAGUUGCCUCCUCGUUAUUUCUCCCACCCCCCAGAAAGACCAUCAUGUAAAGCGUGGCGAUCCUUCUAUGUAAUCAUACUGUCCUGCCACACUGAUUCCAGACCUGCUCUCUUAUUUGUACAUAGAGGCUAUGGGGAGGGCCAGUGGGGUAAGUAACUGAUCUUGACACAGGUCUAGGUAGUUGUGGUCAGCUAGUGAAUAGGUCCCUACCUAAUCACGUCACGUAGCCUACUCUAGUCGUCUCCCUACUGAAUUUGAUUCGUGGGAAAGCCAACGAAAAAGUGGAUAAGAAAAGGCAAUCGAGUUUGACAUUUUUCAAGUCCAAAAAUCCAGAGAAAGAUGGUGAAUCGAACCCAGAACGAGCCAGAGAACUGUCAGUGCCGGAGGAGAGGGUUAGGGGCUAAUCCGGCCAGUUCAGCAUCACCACCGGCACCUCAACUAGCUAGUAGGCCUACUAGCGAGUCAGACUCAGCCGGAGAGGGAGUCAAGGGGGGGGGACUGUUUUGUUCUGGAACAUAUUUGGCCGGAUCAGGUCCCUCACGUGGCAUGAAAUUUUUUUUUCACUUUUUGCAAUGUAAAAAUUCUAAUAAAAGCGAUCAAAGUUCAUUCGAGUUGCGCUUCGUUAAUUAUCCUGCCCCCACAAAAAAAACGUAAUGUGAAAAAGUAGAUUUUCAGCCCGGGCAUGAUAUUCUAAGAGUUGAUUCGGACCGGGUUUAUGGUUUGCGCAACAUUGUAACCUAUGUUUGAGACCAACGCGUGGCCGUGGCCGUGUGAGAAGCGCGCCAGUAUCUCUCACAUAACUAGAAUGAGAAUCACUUUCUAUGAUCUCUCUCUCCCUCUCUGCUCUGAUAGACAUGAGCCUGCAACUCUCAUCUCUCCAGUGUUGCACUUCAUCAUUUAUUUCCUAAUAGAAUCAUAGCUGCACCAAGGGUUCUGGAGGAACUGCAGAACGCCUGAUACAUUGAAAUACAUUUGCCAAAGUUACAAAAUUACUGCUGUCUGAAAUAAAUGAAAUCAUUCAGAAUAGCCUGCUACACCAUGAGAAGGCCUAUAAUUUAGCCACAGAGGAUCAAUAGCUGUGGAUUGUAGCUCAAUAACAAGGAAUAGUCUACAGUCGGGAACGUGCAGCAAAUCUGUCAGUGAAAAAACAGUACACAGACAAAACAGGCCUUUUGCAAUAUUUCAAAUACAAUCGAGGGAAAAAACAGGUUGGAAAGCAAUGCCUCCUGCUGAAAAGAGAAGACUCUAUGCUGUAGCUACCAAAAAUAUUUGAUAAACAGUUCAUUCAGCCUCAUUUACUGCCUUUAAAAAAAACAUAAGCUGAUAUGGCUGACUUGCUUAAACAGAUGUGGUUUCUAAUGACAAUUGAGAUGUACAAACUAUGGCAUGAGGCAGGGUUGCCCAACCCUGUUCCUGGAGAGCUCCAACCCCAGGUGUUACUGACCUGAUUAAUCUUAUCAACCUGCUAAUUAUUAGAAUUAGGUGCGCUAGAUUAGGGUUGGAGUGAAAACCUACAGGAUGGUAACUCUCCAUGAACAGGGUUGGGCAGUCCUGGCAUAAGGGGACGACAAGCGGAUAAGAGGCAAUCCGUAAUUUCGAUUAAGACAUUAAUGAGCGAGCUAGGAUGGACCUAGUCAAUAUAACUAUUUGUUUAGCACUUUUGAAAUGUACAGCGACAGAAUUCAGAACAUGGGCCGUUCUUACAGCGUUCUCCCUGUACACCAAGUCAGAACCCUAGGAUAAAUAACAGGGGCAUAUAAGCAGACAAUGAAAGCUCUUACAAUAUUUGAUGACAUUUCUCUAAAACAGGUUAUAGGCUACAUGUGCACCACCAAGUCAGAACAGUAGGUGAAAUUUACGAGGGGAAAAUAGACCAAAUUAUUAGGGUAAAGCAUAUGGGCUACUAACAGCUUACUGCACAACAUACACUUAGUAUUACUUUCUUAGCUACAGUAUACAUAUCGCCCUGGCAUAUUACAUCAUUUAUGAAGCAACAUACAAGACAUUUUUGGACUCACCUUGCUGUGUUGUGCUCACUUGAACAGGAAGGUGGCGCCGCGGUCCUUCAUGGGCAAAUUUUGUCAUCAAAGUCUGGCAUUCUCUGGAUUUAUGGUGCUUUCAAGACAACUGGGAACUCGGAAAAAAACAAGGUCGAAUCAUGAUGACGUCAGUGAUCUUCAGGUCGUAGCUCUGGAAAGAGGCCCGAGUUCCGGAUUUUAUGAUUUUUCGAGUUGGACGACCGUUCAAAACGUAUUUUCCCAGUCGGAGCUCGUUUUUUCCCGACUUCCCAGUUGUCUUGAACUCACUGAAGUCAAGUUUUCGCAGUUCCGAGUUAACAGUUGUUUUGAGCGCGGCACAAAUCAUGCUUCGUUGACAGCAUGGCCAAUGUUGAAUGUUUAUCAUUUUACAUCUGGAAAAGAGACCCUUAAUCCCAGAUUUGGGACCACACAGCCACACCACUGAAUAACAGGCUAGUGAUUGCUUUGCAAUGCUUGCAGUUAGCCACUGUCACUGAUUCCUUCCAAACCACUCAUUGUUGAAUUUGCGAUUUCCAACUUAUUGUGUAAUGUUUAUGUCCAACGGCCAAUGAGCACCGAUACGUUUUAUCUAUAAUUUAUCUUCAUUAUUUCUGACAAGGAUUAAAAAGGAUUUGCCAGUAGAUUGUUGACUUGAUUCAUGACUGCUAGCUAAGAUUUGAUGAAAGUAUGAUGUUGACAUGAUCAGUCCAAUCAAAGCUACUGUAGAUAUAACUUGAUUUGACGUCAUUUUAUCUGUGGCCAAUGACCUUGAGCCUUCUUGGAUGGGCACUACUAAUGUAACUCUAUGGCAGCACCCAAGGGGCUUGAAUUUCCGAGCUCUACCCUUAGACUUAGCGGUGAUGUACUGUCCGCACAAGUGACAGAACACUCAGCUAAUCAUGGCGCAACUAGAGAACAUUACCAACACCUACGCUCCUUAUUUUCCGCUGGCUGCCCCACCACCACAGAAAGCACUGAGCUAGGCUGAAACACCUGCAUUUUGGAGCUGCCUUACUCAAGAAAGCAAAAUAGAGACCAUGUUUGUAUGUGUAUUUAUUAACUCAAUGAUUAUUAUAAUUUUUUUUACAUUGUUUGCAAACUGAUAUGUGACACGUAUUAAUGCCAAAAUAACAUGCAAAACAGGCCAGCCCCUCCCCCCAAUAAUUGUUGGAUUUUUAUUUGUAGCAAAAAAUGUGGGGCUCAAAACAAGUGGGACUCUGCCCCACCUACCCUGAAUGACGGCUCUGCCCCACCUGCCCUGAAUGAUGGCUCUGCCCCACCUGCCCUGAAUGACGGCUCUGCCCCACCUACCCUGAAUGACGGCUCUGCCCCACCUACCCUGAAUGAUGGCGCUGCCCCACCUGCCCUGAAUGACGGCUCUGCCCCACCUGCCCUGAAUGACGGCUCUGCCCCACCUGCCCUGAAUGACGGCUCUGCCCCACCUGCCCUGAAUGACGGCUCUGCCCCACCUGCCCUGAAUGACGGCUCUGCCCCACCUGCCCUGAAUGACGGCUCUGCCCCACCUGCCCUGAAUGACGGCUCCCCCACCUGCCCUGAAUGA